GCGGGUCCGAGGGAGCGAGCCGCCAGGCGGUGCUGAGGGAUGUAGCGCUCGGGGAAACCAAAAUGAUGGUCCAACACACCGGCCAGGUGUCUGCAUUAGAAGUCAGCGCCUCCGCAAUUGUUCCCACCUUGUCUCCUGCAGGGUCACUGGGGUUUGAUGAUUUCACAAAUUUAACCCCACUGGUGAAAGAGGAACUUAGAUUCGCCAUCCAAAACAAACGUCAGUCCCACAGGAUGUCUUCUACUUUGGAUACGGUGACAGUGUCCGAAAGGCCGAUGGAAACAUCAAUCAUGAAAACAGAGUUUUCUCCUGAAGAGGAUGAAAGAAAAAAGCGAAGAAGGGAAAGGAACAAAAUUGCUGCUGCAAAGUGCCGAAACAAAAAGAAGGAAAAAACAGAAUGUUUGCAGAAAGAAUCAGAAAAGCUGGAAACUAUCAAUGCGGAAUUAAAAGCCCAGAUUGAAGAGCUAAAAAAUGAGAAGCAGCAUUUGAUAUACAUGCUAAAUCUUCACAGGCCCACCUGUAUAGUUCGGGCACAAAAUGGAAGGACACCUGAAGAUGAAAGGAAUCUUUUUAUUCAACAGAUCAAAGAAGGAACAUUACAAGGUUAAGUGAUAUGGCAAAUGUGGAAAUAUUUAUAGUAUGUUUUAACAACUAGAAGCAACAGAAUCCACAGAGGAUCUGACUUAUGUGUAGGAUUCUAUUAGUAAAGAGCGCUUAGGAAGGGCAGAUUGCUUUCUUAAGCAGGAAGAAUCAUUUUUGGCUUGUCAGAGAUUCUUCCCCUUGGAAGAUCUGGUCUCGGUCAAACUGAAGAGCCUUCUGCCUCAUAAUAGGUUUUGCACCUGUCAUACAUGCUGUUCCUAGGAGCUACAGACAACAGCUUCAGAAGAUUUAGCUCUCUGCUAGUAUACAGUAUCUGCACUCACGACGUUUGUGCUAGAACACUAUGACUUCGAUGAUGCACAUGGUACAUACAGCUGUGCUGGAUGGACACUACUUUUCCUUGUGGCUGUCAGGGAAAGCAGACAGAGUAUUUUUAAAGUUUUGUAGUUUCCAGGAGGAUGGUUUCUGGCAGAAUGUACUGAUACGUAAUUUUGCAUUCUAACCUAACACACACACACAAACACACAAAAAGCCUUUAGUUCCAGUUAAGCUUUGUAACUUUUUUCACAACACUUGUGUGGUUUUUUUCCUAUGACUCAUCUCAGAGACUGAAUGUGACAAGUCCUAGUAGGUGUGACAAAGAAAGGUUUCUUGCAAAAUAUCCAUGUAGCUAAGAUGAUAUUUUAGGAGCUGGAACCCCACCUGUUAUCCUUUGGGAAGUACAGUGUUUCCUCGCAUUCAGGAGAGAAUUUUGUACCAUCACUUGGCAACUGUGUGAAUUGGACCCACUGGAAAGACGGAAGUAGUGAUGAAGGGACUUUGAUAUGGUUUUGCCCAAGCAAAGAACUGCAGGACUGAAUCCCAGGUUCAUGAAUCAUGAAAAGUUUAAAGAAAACAAAAUCAUCUGGGAUCUAAUCUUACAAGCCUUAGCCCUCACUGACAGAAGAGGUUCCAUGGCCUGUAGUGAUCUGGUUAUACAGAUGGCUGUCAGGAGUAAGAUGUAGACAAAGCUUUUUCCGUCCUUGUCAGGAUUGCUUCUUUUUGCCAGAUGAUUCAGAGGGAAAAAUUAUGAUUGCAGCUACUUUUAUUUUAUGUUUGAGUGGUAACUACAGUCAAUCAAAAGUGUUACUUAGAAUCUAAAGGAGACAAGAGUUCUGAUGUAGUGAAUAAUUGUUCUCGUUUUUUAUUAAAUACUAACCUUAGAUGUUUCUGAACUGGUAGAAGAGCUGCUGGACAAUACAGUUGGAGCUACGAGUGUUUAAAUUCUGAUGUUUCUGUGAAAUUCUCAGAUUGUUUAAUCCAACAAAGUAUAUCCUUACAAUUUUUUUGUAAAAGAAAAUAUCCUUAUUUAUCACUAAUAUCAUAAUGAGUAAAGUUAAUAAAUACUGCAAGCAAGAUAAAACUGAAAA